UCCGUAACUCUACUUUUUUUCUUCCCCUCCUUUCUCUCUCUCUACUUCUCUGAAACUCGUUGAGCAGAUUUUCUUCCUUCAAUGGAUCUGCCGUCUCCUUCCCCUCUCCCUCAAGAUCCUUGAAAUCCCCUAAUCCUGAAUCAAUUUUUUUACCCUUUCUCGAUUCAAUCGGCUUGAAAGUAGCUGAGGACGGGUGGAUAGUCUUGCUCUUUUGUACUGACAAAUUAGUAUUUCACCCUUUUCUUCCCCUUUUGCUUUCUGCAAGGGGGAGAAAAUGAAAGUCCCUUGCUGCUCAGUGUGCCAGAACCGCUACAAUGAGGAAGAGAGGGUUCCUCUGCUGCUUCAAUGCGGCCAUGGGUUUUGCAAGGAAUGCUUGUCCAGAAUGUUCUCUGCUUCCCAAGACACAACCCUCGUCUGCCCUCGCUGCCGCCAUGUCUCGGUGGUUGGGAACUCGGUUCACGCCUUGCGGAAGAACUACGCCGUCCUUGCUCUUCUUCACUCCCCUUCCUCAGCUGCCAUGGCACCCAAUUUCGACUGCGAUUACACGGAUGAUGAUGACGACGAGGAUGAAGGAGGAAAUGAAGAGGAAAAUGAGGCGGAGAGAUGCAGCCGAGGCUCUCAUGCUUCCAGCUCCGGUACCUGCGGGAGGCUGAUUGAAGUCGGGGUUCAUCAGGAGGUGAAGUUGGUAAAGAAGAUUGGGGAGGGGCGGAGAGCUGGAGCGGAGACUUGGGCGGCAGUGAUUGGCGGUAGCGGCCUUGCAGGUACCGGAAAGUGUAAGCAUCGUGUGGCGGUGAAGAAGGUGGAAGUCGGUGAAGGGGUGGAGGUGGAGUGGGUGCAUGCUCAGCUGGAGAAUUUGCGGCGAGCUUCAAUGUGGUGCAGAAAUGUGUGUACUUUCCAUGGCGUUGUCAAAGUGGAUGGAUGUAUAGGGAUCGUGAUGGAUAGAUGUUGCGGGUCUGUUCAGUCCGAGAUGCAGCAGAAUGAAGGAAGGCUCACUCUAGAACAAAUUCUAAGAUAUGGAGCAGACGUUGCACGUGGGGUUGCUGAACUUCAUGCAGCAGGUGUUGUGUGCAUGAAUUUAAAGCCAUCCAAUCUUCUUUUGGAUCCAAGUGGCCGCGCUGUAGUUUCCGAUUAUGGAUUUGCUUCCAUCUUAAAAAAACCAUCUUGCCGGAAAGCUAGAGGAGAAUGUGAUUCUGCCAAAAUCCAUUCCUGCAUGGACUGUACAAUGCUCAGCCCACACUACACGGCACCAGAGGCUUGGGAGCCAGUCAAGAAGUCUCUGAAUCUUUUCUGGGAUGAUGCAAUUGGCAUAUCUGCUGAGUCAGAUGCCUGGAAUUUUGGCUGUACAUUAGUAGAGAUGUGCACUGGUUCCGUUCCGUGGGCUGGUCUGAGUGCAGAGGAAAUUUAUAGGGCUGUUGUUAAAGCUCGAAAACUGCCUCCUCAGUAUGCCAGUGUAGUAGGUGUUGGAAUUCCUCGAGAAUUAUGGAAAAUGAUCGGUGAAUGCUUACAGUUCAAACCAUCAAGGAGGCCAACUUUUAAUGCAAUGUUAGCAAUAUUCCUCCGUCAUCUGCAGGAGUUGCCACGUAGUCCUCCUGCAAGUCCUGAUAAUAAUUAUCUACAAACCCAUGGCUCGAAUGUAACUGAACCAUCCCCACCAUCUGACUUGGAUGUUUUACCGGACAAUCCAAGCCGUCUACAUCAGCUCGUGGGUGAAGGGAAUGUCAUUGGUGUUAGAGAUCUACUAGCAAAGGCUGCUUCAGGAAAUAGUGGUGAUUCAGUAUACAGACUUCUAGAAGCACAGAAUGCUGAUGGUCAAACAGCACUUCACCUGGCUUGUAGACGUGGUAGUGCAGACCUUGUUCGGGCCAUACUGGAGUACCGUGAGGCAAAUGUUGAUAUCCUGGACAAGGAUGGUGACCCACCCCUUGUAUUUGCUUUAGCUGCUGGAUCCCCAGGAUGUGUGCAUGCUCUAAUUGGGAGAGGCGCUAAUGUCAGAUCCCGAUUAAGGGAAGGUUUUGGUCCAUCUGUCGCUCAUGUUUGUGCCUACCAUGGCCAACCUGACUGCAUGCGUGAGCUGUUACUUGCUGGAGCUGAUCCUAAUGCAGUGGACGAUGAAGGUGAAUCUGUUCUACAUAGAGCCCUUGCUAAGAGAUAUACUGAUUGUGCCAUUGUUAUACUGGAACAUGGUGGCAGCGGAUCAAUGGCUUUUGUGAACUCAAAAAAUUUGACGCCAUUGCACUUGAGUGUUGCAACAUGGAAUGUCACUGUUGUCAGAAAGUGGGUGGAAGUUGCCUCCCCUGAAGAAAUUGCUGAGGCUGUUGAUAUACCAAGCCCAGUUGGAACUGCUCUGUGUAUGGCUGCAAGUUCCAAGAAAGAUCAUGAAAUUGAAGGGAGACAACUAGUGCAAAUUUUGCUUGCGGCUGGAGCAGACCCAACUACUCAAGAUGCACCUCAUGGGCGAACAGCCUUGCACACAGCUGCUAUGGCUAACGAUGUUGAGUUGGUAAAGAUAAUUCUGGAUGCUGGAGUUGAUGUGAACAUCAGGAACAUGCAUAACACUAUACCUCUCCAUGUAGCUCUGGCCAGAGGAGCAAAAUCAUGUGUCGGAAUACUCUUAAAUGCUGGGGCAAAUUGCAACAUUCAGGAUGAUGAAGGUGACAACGCUUUCCAUAUUGCUGCUGAUGCUGCAAAAAUGAUUCGUGAAAAUCUUGAAUGGCUAAUUAUAAUGCUCAGGAAUCCUGAUGCAGCCGUUGAAGCUAGAAACCACAGUGGCAAGACAUUAAGAGAUUAUUUGGAAACCUUGCCACGGGAAUGGAUUUCUGAAGACUUGAUGGAGGCACUUCUGCUGAGGGGAGUAUAUUUGUCUCCUACAAUAUUUGAAGUGGGAGAUUGGGUGAAGUUUAAAAGAAGUUUGACUACUCCUGCAAAUGGGUGGCAAGGCGCAAAACACAAGAGUGUGGGGUUUGUUCAGACAGUUGUAGACAAGGAAAAUCUUGUUGUUUCAUUCUGCACAGGGGAGUCUCAUGUAUUAGCAAAUGAAGUGUGGAAGGUUAUACCUCUGGACCGUGGUCAGCAUGUCAAGCUGAAAACAGAUGUCAAAGAGCCAAGAUUUGGAUGGCGUGGUCAGUUACGUGACAGCAUUGGAACUGUACUUUGUGUUGAUGAUGAUGGGAUUCUGCGGGUUGGAUUCCCGGGAGCAUCUCGAGGCUGGAAAGCUGACCCUGCUGAGAUGGAAAGGGUUGAAGAAUUCAAGGUUGGUGACUGGGUUCGUAUUCGCCCCUCACUAACAACAGCCAAGCAUGGUUUAGGAUCAGUAACGCCAGGAAGCAUUGGCAUUGUCUAUUGCAUUAGACCGGAUGGUAGUCUUUAUCUGGAGCUGAGUUAUCUUCCACAGCCAUGGCAUUGUGAACCAGAGGAAGUCGAAGCUGUUUCUCCUUUCAGGCGGGUAUGUGUGAAGCGUUCUGUUGCUGAACCUAGAUAUGCUUGGGGCGGUGAGACUCAUCACAGUGUGGGAAGGAUUAGUGAGAUAGAAAAUGAUGGUCUAUUAGUAAUUGAAAUACCAAACCGACCUAUACCCUGGCAAGCUGAUCCAUCGGACAUGGAAAAAGUCGAGGAUUUCAAGAUUCUUAGUCCUUUUUCUCUUUCUGAUCUUUUUCUCUAUGAACAGGUUGGAGAUUGGGUCAGGGUGAAGGCUUCAGUUUCUGCUCCGAUAUAUGGAUGGGAGGAUGUUUCACGGAACAGCAUUGGUGUGAUUCACAGUUUAGAAGAUGAUGGCAACAUUGGUGUUGCCUUCUGUUUCAGAAGCAAGCCCUUCUCUUGCUCUGUGACAGAUGUGGAGAAGGUCCCUCCCUUUGAGCUAGGACAAGAAGUACGGGUGAUGCCAUCUGUUGCUCAGCCACGACUUGGGUGGUCAAACGAAAAUCCUGCAACUGUUGGCAAAAUUGCAAGAAUUGACAUGGAUGGAACUUUGAACGUAAGAGUUGCUGGCAGACGAGGUUUAUGGAAAAUGUCUCCUGGAGAUGCAGAACGACUCUCGGGAUUUGAAGUUGGUGACUGGGUACGGUCCAAACCAAGCCUAGGGACAAGACCGAGUUACGAUUGGAAUACUAUCGGGAAGGAAAGUUUAGCUGUGGUGCAUAGUGUGCAGGAGAACGGCUAUCUGGAUCUAGCUUGCUGUUUCCGAAAAGGAAGGUGGAGUACUCACUACACAGAUGUUGAAAAGGUUCCUAGUUUCAAAGUAGGGCAGAAUGUUCGGUUCCGAACUGGACUGGUCGAACCAAGGUGGGGUUGGAGAGGUGCUCAGCCUGAUUCACGAGGCAUAUUAACCAGUGUUCAUGCUGAUGGAGAAGUUAUGGUUGCUUUCUUUGGGCUAUCAGGUCUAUGGAGAGGUGAUCCUGCAGAUCUGGAGACUGAGCAACUGUUUGAAGUGGGUGAAUGGGUGAGAUUGAAGGAAGAUGGAAGCAUUUGGAAGUCCAUUGCCCCAGGAUGUGUUGGUAUUGUCCAGGGUUUAGGUUACGACGGCGGGGAUAAAUGGGAUGGAACUACUUAUGUCGGGUUUUGCGGUGAACAAGAAAAAUGGGUGGGCCCUAGUUCUCAUCUGGAAAGAGUGCAGAGACUGGUAGUUGGCCAGAAAGUUAGGGUCAAACUCUCUGUUAAACAGCCCAGAUUUGGCUGGUCAGGCCAUAAUCAUGGAAGUAUUGGAACAAUAGCAGCUAUUGAUGCUGAUGGGAAGUUGAGAAUAUAUACGCCAGCGGGUUUAAAGACUUGGAUGCUCGAUCCUUCAGAAGUGGAACAGGUCGAGGAGGAGGAACUUCAAAUUGGGGACUGGGUUAAGGUUAAGAAAUCGGUUUCAACCCCAAGUCACCAGUGGGGGGAGGUGAAUCAUUCAAGCAUAGGAGUGGUGCAUCGGAUGGAUGAUGGGGAGCUAUGGGUUGCAUUUUGCUUCGUGGAGAGGCUAUGGCUAUGCAAGGCAUGGGAAAUGGAAAGAAUUAGAGCAUUCAAGAUAGGGGACAAGGUUAGGAUCCGAGACGGACUGGUCAGCCCUAGGUGGGGAUGGGGAAUGGAGACUCAUGCAAGUAAAGGCCAGGUGGUUGGAGUUGAUGCAAAUGGCAAGUUGAGAAUUAAGUUCCAGUGGAGAGAAGGGAGGCCAUGGAUUGGGGAUCCUGCUGAUAUUGCCCUUGACGAGAGUUAAAACCUCUGUACAUAUACGUAUCUAUCUGGAAACCUGGUUCAUGGGUUUCCUUCCAGGUUUGCUACUGAAUCAUAGCUGUGAAAAGCUGCCUGUGCUAUUGUUGUUCAUAAUGGAGGUACACUGUAUGGGGAAGAAACCAGGGGUUUCAUGCUGUUGAUUAGAGGGAUGGGAUACAAGGGAACAGCGGGCAACUCUAGUACCUACCUUUUGUAUUAUCUUAUUAAACUAUUGACGGCAUUUUGUGAGUAGUUUAUAUAAGUUUUUUGGGGUAUAUAAUAUUUGUAGUUUUGUACAAAUUUGAACCCCUGUAAAUAUUUUGCAUGACUAAUGAUUUCCUUCAUCUAUCCAAUGUGCGCAUCGUUUUUUGUGGCUUUUUCUGCUAGACCGUCCUU